UUUAAAAUGUAUACUUAAUGUUAGAUGUUAAAGGAAUGCUAGACCACUUUGGAGUGUAUGUUUCUUGGUAUUAGCUUUAGAAAAUGACGCUGAGAUAAAAGUUCAGUAGUAUCAGCGUCUUGAUACUUUGUUUUUUUUUUUAGUUUAUUUUUAUAGAAAGUGACGUUUAGUGUCAGUGCAGCAGUUCUAAAUCUACUGCCAUAGUCACUAGUGACUGAGCUAGGUUCCGUUACUUAUAAAAAAAAAAACACUAAAUUUUAUGGUUGAAAUCAGGGACCAUCAUGUCUGGGCUUGCUAAAGAAAAAGCUAUCUUGUGCAGAAAAAAAAAGCAUAAAAUUCUUGCUUCCUUGCCCUCUCUUUCAAAACAUCUGUUGGAUGGUCUUCUAAAACAGCUUCAAACAUCAGAAACCAGAAAAUAUCUUUAUCUUACAAUAGAUGGAGACUCGAUAGGCCAGCUGCUAAAAACCUUUGUAAAUACUGAGUGUGAAGGAUACCAAAGUUUUCAAUGCUGAUUCUGCAAAGAAUGGUAGGAAAUAAGAAAAAAAUGCUGAUAAAAAAUUUUCACUGUCAGCAUUCCUUGUAAGAAACAACAACUUUUAAUUAAAACAAUUUUUACUUUAAUAGAACUGGAGGUGACUGAUCCAGCCAAACAAAACAAUGCACAUCUAAAGUCACUUCUUGCAAAAAUUCCCGUUCCUUUUAAAUGAAUUUUCUGUUGAUGCUGUUAUAGAAUGUGGAAUAUAGUUCGUCCAUCGUGGUUCGAUGAUGACCACUUUUGUCAUUCAGGGGGCUGAGGGCUUUGCACUGGGGUUUUGUGCCUCCUCAUGUGGCUGGUGAGACCUAUCUAAGCCCGGAAUGUUCGGCUGCAUAAAGGGCAGGUUAUUCCAGCUGGAGCUAGUGUCAUUGGCCUUGCUUUUCUUCUCUUGCGCUUUUCUUUUGCCAGCGCUGUUCUCUUUUCCUCAACAACCUGUGCGCCAGUUUUCACAGCUCGAUGUCAUGAUGCUCUGCCAUGUGCCUCUGUCUCCCAGGUGGCUGGGUCUAAGCUGAAGGCCUUCAGAGAAGCUUUGAGUGUGUCCCUGAAGAGUUUCUUUGUCCGCCUUCAGGAAUCGUUUUGGGAUACCGCGGUUUUCCAGUCUGCAGACGUGUCCUGCCCAUCGCAUGUGGACUGCAUCAGGAUUGUGUGGAUGCUUUGCAGACCCGCUCUUCGAAGGACUUCAGUAUUUUUUUUUUCCAUUUGACAUUCAGUAUUUUUCUUAGACAUGUCAUGUGAACGUGGUUCAGUUUCUUUGCAUGUUUUCUGUACACUGUCCACGUUUCUGAGGCAUAGAGCAAUGUAGGGAGGAUGACAGCUCGAUAGAUCACUAGCUUUGUAUUUGUGGGGAUACCUCGUCUGUUCCAGACAUUUUUAGACAGUCUGCCAUGGGAUGCACUGGCCUUGACAUACGCAGGUCGAUUUCAUCAUUAUCGAUCUUUCCGUUUCUGGAGAGUGUGCUGCUAAGAUAUGUGAAUCUGUCCACUGCAUUUAUAUCAUGUCCAUUUAUCUUGAUGCUUGUUAGUUAGUACUACUGACAAAGAAUGGUAACAUUCUGACAUAUUCCUGAAACAUAUAUGACAAAGACUAAAUGUGCGAAUAUUUUGAAGAUAAAAUGUACAGAAUGCCUUAUAACAUUAUGCUGUGUUAGUUUUAUGGAUUGCUGCAUUUCGUGUAUGUUAAGUGCUGGAGUGAUUUUAUGAAUUUCAGUCUUUCGUGAGUAUAUUUCUUUAUAUUUAGAAAGAUACAUAUUUGACCCUUAAAAUACACAUUUCCAUGUCUGGGAAAACACAUUCUAUUUUGAGAUAUGGGUAUCUCUGUGUAAAUAUGAUAUUAGUCAAGUAGCUCUUUACGCUUCAACCAAAAAAGCAAUGUUGUUGUACGAUGUCUGACCUAUUCUUGAUGACUAUUUAUUGUUACACAACCGUUGUCAUUUGGUUUAUUAGCCACUUUUAAAUAAAUAAAUAAUUUGGUAUUUGUAGAUAUCGUUUUAGAGUAUUUCAAUAGAAAUUGUUUCAUUGCAAAGAAUUAGACAAUAUUGCUUUUUGUAAAUAAAAUAUUCAUUACCUCUAGGGCUAAUGCUUAGUUUGUUUAAAUCCUGAAGAAAUAUAUUUGCCUAUAUAGAUCACAUGUAAAAUUCUUUUGUUUGUUGGGCUUGUUGAAGCUUGCCUUGUUACCACUUCUCUAGACAUAAUGCAGCCUACAAUUAUGUCUUCUAAAUAAUUAACACUUAUGUCUAUGCUAAUAAAUCCGUUUAAUCACUUUGACAUAACAUGGUUGGUUGCCACCAGUUUUCCUUGUGCGUGUAGCAUGUUGUCCAUAAAAGAUGACUUAAGGGAUUCGUUCACCCUCCACAACACCAAUAUCACGAAGCCAAAACAGGCGGCGUUGUUGUCUGGGCAAGAUGAAUUCGCUGGAUGGAGGGAGGUGGGGUAGCUGUCUUGCUAUGUCAUUUUCAUGCGGGAAAACGCAAGUGGAAUUAAUUGAAUUGAAAGUGUUGCUUCGUGUUCCGUAUCACGUUCCAGUGGGAUACACAAGACAAAUACUCAAGACACAUACUCAAAGACACAAACAUUGGAGGUCUCUAGCUUUUUCCAAACACGCGAGAUGAAUCGAGCGCAAGUCGAGACAGUCUAACAUACGUGAGCGCAGAGAUAGGUCAUAUGUCAUCUUGGAUUACGAAGCCCAUGUAACAUAAUUCAGACUUCAAACACACUAACAGAUACAUUGGCUUAAGUCAUUCGAAGCAUUUUUAACAAUGAUCGACCGCUAUAAGUAAUAACUAAUAUGGUGCCAUUUUUAGUCACUUGAGUAUCCACCAUAUAACCUACAUUGACUAUCACAUUUGGGUAAAAUUAGUUUUCACACCCUUCCAGCAAAACAAAAUUAAUUGUUGAAAUACUAUUAUACAUGAAUCAAAUUAACCAUUAUAUGUUUUUUAAAAACUCGUUUGCAAGAUAUGUGAUUUCAUAGUCAGUCGAGCUUUAGAUAUAGGUCCGUGGAUUGCACAUUAUAUCAUUCACCUCUCUAGUUUCACGUACAAAUCAAUUCUAUACAUUAAUUCUCAAAUCCCAAAUGCACUGUUUUUUUUUUUAUAUAUGACGUCAGUGAUUUUUAAAAAUAAGAAUACAAAAUGAAACAAAACUAACACAUCGCAGAAGAGUUCCACUACGCUUGGAUGGGGGUUUUAAGAAACAUACAGAUUUUACAGAUUUUAAAUGUAGUGUAAAGUUUAGGAAAAGGGCCUAUUUCUAUUUUGGAUUGAAUGUCUAAUUAAGCAUCUAAUAGUACAUUCUUCUCUAGUUUGAACUAGGCCCUAAUUAAACAACUAGAAGGUAGUGUAGCUAUUUACGAUCUAGAUUUAGCUUUAUACGACAAUAGUCUUUUAGAACCAACAAUGAGGGAAGUGAUAAAUAUUCAUAUUGGGCAGUGCGGUGUUCAAAUCGGCAACGCAUGCUGGGAACUCUUCUGCUUAGAACACGGGAUUCAGCCAGACGGCAUUCUUCCAUCCGAUAAAACCAUUGGAGGAGGAGACGACUCUUUCAACACUUUUUUCUCAGAGACUGGAGCCGGAAAGCACGUGCCCCGAGGACUAUUCUUGGAUCUGGAACCUACGGUCAUCGAUGAGGUUCGAACUGGUACCUACAGGCAGCUUUUUCACCCGGAACAGUUAAUUUCAGGUAAAGAAGAUGCAGCUAACAAUUAUGCUCGUGGACAUUAUACCAUUGGAAAGGAAGUUGUGGACUUAGUGUUGGAUAGAAUCCGGAAGCUCGCUGACCAGUGCACAGGACUCCAAGGAUUCGUAGUCUAUCACAGCUUUGGUGGUGGAACCGGGUCCGGCUUCACAGCUCUUCUGAUGGAAAGGUUGUCUGUUGACUAUGGCAAGACGACUAAACUAGAGUUUAGUGUGUACCCUUCUCCUCAGAUCUCCACCGCGGUGGUAGAGCCCUAUAACUCGCUGUUGGUUACUCACACCACUCUGGAGCAUUCGGAAUGUGCGUUUCUAAUGGACAAUGAAGCCCUGUACGACAUCUGCCGUAGGAAUCUGGACAUUGAACGACCAACGUAUACAAACUUGAACCGAUUGUUGGGACAAGCUGUGUCCUCGCUUACCGCCUCCUUACGUUUCGACGGGGCCAUCAACGUCGACUUGAUCGAGUUCCAGACCAAUUUAGUGCCCUACCCGCGCAUCCACUUCCCCCUGAUGGUCAUGGCCCCUAUUGUCUCUGCAGAAAAGGCUUACCACGAGACCAUCACCUUGGCAGAAAUCACCAACGCUUGCUUCGAACCCGCUAACCAGAUGGUCAAGUGCGACCCCCGUCAUGGCAAGUACAUGUCCUGCUGUUUGCUGUACAGAGGUGACGUGGUACCCAAAGAUGUUAACGCCGCAAUUAAGACGAAAAGAACUAUACAGUUUGUGGACUGGUGCCCUACAGGAUUUAAAGUCGGCAUAAACUAUCAGCCACCCACUGUGGUACCGGGAGGUGACUUGGCCAAAGUCCAGAGGGCAGUUUGUAUGUUGGCCAACACAACGGCUGUUGCAGAGGCAUGGGCAAGGCUAGAUCAUAAGUUUGAUCUGAUGUAUGCUAAAAGGGCCUUCGUCCACUGGUAUGUUGGAGAAGGAAUGGAAGAAGGAGAGUUCUCCGAGGCGAGAGAAGACCUAGCGGCACUGGAGAAAGAUUACGAAGAAGUCUCGUUAGAUUCUGUCAUGACUGAAGAGGACGAGGGUAUCGGCGAUCAAGAAUGAUGACCAGUACUGAAGACCAAACAUUCUCUCUCUCAUGUAGCUAUACAAGGACGAUUAGUCUAGUAUAUUUUCAAUAUACACACACCCACACUCCAUUUACCUUACUGCCCGGACAAAAAUCAUCCGUCAAAUGUAUUGAAAUAGUAAAAGUGAUAGAAAUAAAAACAUUUAGAAACAUG